AUGCAAGAACAAUACAUAUUCAACGUAUUUGAAGUAAUAGUGAGCACUUUGGAAACUAAACUGCAACGAAUAGAGAAUCUGGAUAAGGCCGUAGAACACUUGAUGAGACGAGUGGAAGCCCUUGACUCGAGGGUAAACGAUAACAUUCAUAAAACUGACGCUAUCAUUUCAAAACUAGGUAAUCUCGAUCUGAAACUAUUCAGUCACAUCGGGCAAGAUCAAGAUGAAAACUACACAGAAAACUCUGCUUCUCGAACACAGGAUCCUAGUACAAAUUUACUGGAUAAGAAACUUGAAUCUCUCGAUCAAAAAGUAUCCGACAUAGACACCAAAUUAGUGGGUUUGAAGAAUCAAAUAGAUAAUAAUUUCUUGCCGCUAGACGAUAUUAACGCAGAAGCGAGCGAGAAGAAACCUAUCAAUCUUAACGUUAUAGAAAUCGCAAAAGGACUGAAUUCCGAGAUUGUAAAUGAAAUUACGAAAGAAGUGGACCAACUGAGAACAUCGAUGUCGACAGUUGACCGUAAAUUACAAUUUCACAUUAAUCUGGUUUCUGAAAAUUUAGGCAAAGUACUUUAUAUGAUGGCCGACGUUCAUGCCGCGAUCGUCGAGCCAGAAGCUGCGUCGAUUAAUGUGAACAGUCUGUUCAAAAAUCGCACCACAACUAGUACGCAAUCACCCGUGGCGAAAGCCAGCAAAAUAGAUACGCUCGUCAAUAAGAUUAUUCCUAUGAUGAGCGUUUCGGAAAAAAUGGAUGAGGUGUGGGACGUAGUUGUCGGAACAAAGAGCUCUGUUGACGAUUUAGUUCCAAAAUCGGAUGAGCUGCUCACACAAACGCAAAGGCAAGAACGCGCCAUUGGGCAAAUUCAUAAUGAUUUGCGUCUGAAGACGAAUUUAAUUAUAGAAAAUUUGGACAUGGUUGAGAAGAGAUUGAAAAAGCAGGAAGACGAUGUCGCUACUCUCGCUCAACGGCCAGUUCCCGCUGAGCUCCUGUUAGACCCUACGAUCGACCGACUAGUAGAGUACGCGCCAAACCGGUACCGAGUAGACGAGCCGUCAACGGACCCUAGCACGAGCACCGUCGCGGCCACCACGAUGCCUCCCUCUUCCACGCUCACUAACAGUCCGAGCGGGUCGAGCCCGAGCGCUACAGUAACAGUGACGCCGGUGAACGCCUCCUCGUCGACGCGCCCGGCUAGCCGCAAGGGCGGCAUCAUCUUCCCCAGCGUCAAGAACAAACCGAUCAUCGGCAACAAUACAUUCGCAUCGGAGAUCGUAGCCAACUAUAAAGACGUAAAACUCGAUGAUAACAACGAAGUUUGUUUGCAGGGUUACUCAUGUGUGGAUCUCUUGAACGCGGGCAUGAGAGAAUCAGGUGUAUACUACCUGCAGAUCAGAGGUACUACGUACUGGUUCCUCAAAGUCUUCUGUGAGCAAAACGUCGCUGAUGGAGGAUGGACGGUGAUCCACCGCCGUGAUGAUUACGGUAUACCAGCGGAGAAUUUCAACCGUGACUGGGGCGACUACAAGAACGGCUUCGGCGACCCCGGCAAAGAGUUCUGGCUCGGCAACGAGAACAUCUACAUGCUCACCAACAACGACGACUACAUGCUUCGAGUGGAACUCGAGGACUUCGAUGGAAACAAACGGUACGUUAUUAAUAUGUGGAGACACAGACCGAUCUAAUGUGCAAAGCACACAGUUGCAAACCAACUUUCCGGCAGAGGUGAUUUCGGUUUUUGCGAACAUUCUGGAUGGCGGCAAUUGAAAUCCUCUGUUGGAAUGCUUGUUUAACCAUUUAGAAAGGAGAUGGACAACGAGACAGAAAUAAGGGGCGACAACACCGAGAGAUGGAGUCAUCAAUUUUGUCACUAGAGAGAAAAUCUGAUAAAAGAAGUAUAACAUAACUAUUUUACAAACUUUUUAGAGCGUGAUUUGGCUGUAGUCAAAUUUUGGUUUUUGAAUUUAUUUUAUUAUUUCAAAAUUUAAAGAAAAUAUCAGGCAAAAGCUAUCACAUAUAUAUAUAUUUGAAAUGUGCAAAUUAAGCCCUUUUAUUUUAUACAUGGAUCGAUUAAUUUUUUUUUAGUUUCUUUCUUUAUGCUCUCGAUAGGGCGCUAUUGCAAAUUUAAUGUAACGUCACAUACGGUCAGUUGCACAAACGUUAAAAGGUUUAAUGAUGCCUUUAAGCUCUAAUGAAUGUCAUAUUUGUAUGGAUAAUAUCGCUUAAAACUAAUGACAGUUUUAAUGAACGUUUGUGCAACUGGCUUGUAGAUUAUAGCACGCGAACAACUAAGACGCUUCUAAUGAUACCCAGUUACGAUUCUUGCGUACAUAGCGGACAAAAUCAUAACCCACCUUUUCACCGCCAUAGUCGGGUAAAUGGAUCUACUGGUUGUUAAAAAAGGCCUCGUUAAAUGCGUCUUCAUUAGCGACUAUAUUUAUUUUAGUUUCAAAAAGGGAGUGAGGCUAGCGGUAUACGAUAAACACGCUGAUUAAUUAUAUAUUAUUAACGUAGGU